UCCUUUUUUUUUUUUGUUUAAAAAAUUAUUUUUUAUUUUGAAAAAACUUCUGGGCCAUCGGUCUCGGUCAGCUAAUGGUGGGAAUUGGGUCGUUUUCUUAGGGGGCUUACUUUUUCGUUUUUCUUGUUUUUGUUCUUUCCUGUUUGUAAUUAUUUCAAUAGUUGGUGACAGUGGAAAUUUUGGUUUUUUUUUUCUUUUUCUGCUACAAAGUUGCAUUUAUUUCGGGUCUAAACAAAAAGAUAAUUACUUUUUUUUUUAUUUAAUACAAAAUCAUGAAUUUUGGGUUAUAAGUUCAACAUUGGAUAGAGUCUAAUAGGAAUUGGGGUUGGUGAAACUGGGUUUCAUAGCUGGGAUUUUUAAAAAAAAAUUUUACUUGGUGAUUUUGUUGUUCUAUGAGUAUGGAUUUGAAAAGCGGAGAGGAAGGUGGUGGUGUGAAGACACCAAAGAAAUCAGACGAACAAGAAGGAGGUGGAAAUUCAAAGAUGAAGGGCACUGGAGGCAUUAGUAGCAAAGAUAUGAUCUUUAGAGCUGAUAAAAUCGAUCUAAAAAGCUUAGAUAUGCAGCUGGAGAAGCACCUGACACGGGUUUGGUCGAAAAGCAUUGAGAACCAAAAGCCUGUAGAGGAGUGGGAGAUUGAUUUGUCUAAGUUGGAUUUAAGGCAUGUUAUAGCUCAUGGAACCUAUGGGACAGUGUAUCGUGCCACUUAUGAUAAUCAAGAUGUUGCAGUUAAGCUGUUGGACUGGGGUGAGGAUGGUAUUGCCACAACUGCUGAAACUGCUGCUCUGCGAGCAUCAUUUCGGCAAGAGGUUGCUGUUUGGCACAAGCUUGACCAUCCUAAUGUUACAAAGUUUAUUGGAGCCUCGAUGGGAACUUCAAACCUUAAGAUUCCUUCAAAAAAUCCUUCAGCUGAUAGUCAUAAUUCCCUUCCUUCUAGAGCAUGCUGUGUUGUGGUGGAGUAUCUCCCUGGUGGCACUCUGAAACAAUACUUGAUAAGAAAUAGGCGAAAAAACCUCGCCUUUAAGGUUGUGAUUCAACUUGCUUUGGACCUUUCUAAAGGUCUCAGCUACCUACACUCGAGAAAGAUUGUACAUCGUGAUGUUAAAACUGAAAAUAUGUUACUAGAUGCUCAGAGAAAUCUCAAAAUUGCUGAUUUUGGUGUUGCUCGUGUUGAAGCUCAGAAUCCAAGGGACAUGACUGGUGAAACUGGUACUCUUGGAUACAUGGCCCCAGAGGUUCUUGAUGGUAAACCCUACAAUAGAAGAUGUGAUGUCUACAGUUUUGGCAUUUGCUUGUGGGAAAUUUAUUGCUGUGAUAUGCCUUAUCCAGAUCUUAGCUUUGCUGAUGUGUCAUCUGCUGUUGUUCGACAGAAUUUACGACCAGAGAUCCCGCGAUGCUGUCCAAGUUCCUUAGCAAACAUAAUGCGAAAAUGCUGGGACGCAAAUCCAGAGAAACGUCCCGAAAUGGAUGAGGUAGUGAGAAUGUUAGAAGCAGUUGAUACAAGCAAGGGAGGAGGGAUGAUACCGGAUGACCAUUCGCCAAGCUGCUUCUGUUUUGCCCCUGCUCGUGGUCCAUGAUUCUGGAGCUGGAUCUGCAAUGGGGAUCUGCAAAACGGUUUUUGAUAUUGUUAUGUAACCGCCACACUUUUAAGAAAAGCUUUACCCCCCGUUGAAAUUCAUUUAAUGCCUUCUUCUAUUCAUUCGGGAUUGGGUUUCUCUUCGUUACUUUUUUUAUCAUUAUUUUUCAACACACUCAUCAAUAACGUUCACAUGUGUAGGAUUCGUUUAUGAAGUGGGAAAAUCAUACUUUUGAACGAUGCCAAUGAAUAUAUUGAAAAAUAAUGAAACAAAAAAAAAAAAUGGGAGCCUUACCCAUUGA